CCCACCAGACAGACAAAGAGACAGAGCGACUCAGACGAAUGGGAGAGAAAACGGGAGCAGGGAGAAGCAGAGACAUAGAGGCAGAUACAUGAAGAGGCACAGAGGAAUUGAUGGGAUGACAGUCUGGUGACUGGGGACUGGUGGACAAAGAGAUAGAAGGGAUGUAAAAUAGACAGCUUCAGUGGCAGGGUAGACAAAGGCAGCCUGAGAGUGGAUGUGUGCCGCUUAUUUCAUUUACAGACGCAUACAUAGAAACACACACACACACACGCAUACUCUCUCUCUGUCUCUCCCACUCUCUCUCCUCUCACUCACACUCUCUCUCUCACACACACCCUCGAGCAGAAGCGGCAGAGCUGUGUGGGUGUGAGGCAGCAUGAGAAGUGAUAUCUGUACUUCUACACAUACAGCUGGCUGAUGGACUAACUUAAUCACAAAUUUACGCUCACCUACUGUACGCAUACUUACUAGCACACCUUGAUCAUAGGCAGGCAGACCAGCGCGCGCUCAUAAACACACUCACUUACGCCAGCACGCACAACCUUCCAGCAGCCAGAAGUCAACAUGGGUCUUGUGAUGGGAACCUUUUCCUUGCAAUCCAAGCAAGUGUCCUACCACAAAGACAAAGCUGAUGAUGACUUGGAGAUGACAAUGGUUUGCCAUCGACCGGAGGGCCUCGACCAGCUAGAAGCUCAAACCAACUUCAGUAAAAGAGAGCUCCAAGUGCUCUACAGGGGCUUCAAGAAUGAGUGUCCAAGUGGUGUCGUAAAUGAAGACACCUUCAAGCAAAUAUACUCCCAGUUCUUCCCACAUGGAGAUGCCAGCACCUACGCGCACUACCUGUUCAAUGCAUUUGACACAGGACACACAGGAUCCAUAAAGUUUGAGGACUUUGUAACAGCUCUGUCCAUCCUGCUGAGAGGUUCUGUCACCGAGAAGCUACAGUGGACUUUUAACCUCUAUGAUAUCAACAGAGAUGGAUACAUAAACAAAGAGGAGAUGACAGACAUCGUCAGAGCAAUCUAUGACAUGAUGGGGAAGUACACAUACCCUGCUUUGAAAAAUGACGCACCCAAACAGCAUGUGGAUGCCUUCUUUCAGAAAAUGGACAAAAACCGAGACGGUGUGGUGACUCUUGAUGAAUUCAUCCUUUCUUGUCAAGAGGAUGAAAACAUUAUGAGGUCCCUCCAGCUCUUUGAAAAUGUCAUCUAGACACGAGGGAGAUGGUGCAGCAGACGAAGCACAGAGUGUGAGAAGAGAAACGAACAACAGGAAAAAGAAGGAGGAGAAGGACUGAUGAAUAAGAAUCUGCAAGCAAAAGGAACAGCCUAACUUGUGAGAGAAGGCAGACAAGAAGCUUGUCAAUUUGGGUGUGACUGUUUUCCACAAAACCUUCUGGAAGGCAUCCUACUGUAAGAAAUCUAAGGCGAUAAACCUUCACUGGUUUUGGAAAGCCUCCUUUAGACAAAGUUGACCUUUCUGUGACCACUUCUCUCAUCUCCACCUCCCUCCCUCGUUUGUUGCUGUUGUCAGUGUCAUCUUGGAUGGUGCGCACUUAGUGCCACUAUGUAAAUACUGCCCCUCUCGCAUUUGGUUGAAGGCCUUUCUGAAUUAUGUAAAAUUGUUACCAUGCAAGGACUUAAAUUCCUGAAUGCAACUUAGCAAAGAGAGCAUCCAAACCCACACUUUGCUCAAUAGAAUCUUAAAUAAGAGCAUUAUAAAUUUCUGUGUCAAUACAAAGAACAUGAGCAAUAUUGUGAAGCAUGCACAAGAGAUUCCUACAGUGUAAUAAAUGAAUAUGUGUCAUAAAACUCAGUGGCAAUAUACACAACAUCUUGCUAAAUGGUUACAUUUGGGAUGCCCGGUCUGUGUGCAGCAUCUCACCGAGCCAGCUCGGCCAGUUUUAGACAUAAAAUCAAACAUAGGCCUCUAAAGGUUUGCAGAGCUGAACGUGUGAAUGUGUCCCAGCUUGUGACAUUCUUAGGUCUUGUGACAGCUUGCAACAGUCCUCAGAGGCCUCCUUAACUCCUAAUGUGUGUUCCAGUAUCGUCGGUCGGUGUUUGAAUGUUGUAAUGACUCAACUGUAGAUAUUUAACUGUUGUGUCUGUGGAUUCUUCUCAGUGUCUUGAAUCACUGGUGUCUGUCUGUGUGUCUCUGACUACCUGUCUGUCCUUCUGUCAGAUUGGAUAUAACCCUAUAAUUAUUCUACCUGCCACUCGGUGUUAAAUAAAGAGCCCAUUUAGAGGUUUCCCGGCAUGCAGAUGGAGAGCAAUACGAGGAUGUGCACAUGUCUGUGUGUGUGGUGUCCCGGUGUGACGGUCCCAUUUCCCUGAAUAUUAAAGUCUCAUUUAUUCUAGCAUGUAGCUUCAUCUUCAAAUGAGCUGACUGUGUUUUUGCACGAGAGGCGAGGUUUGUCUUUAACUCUGUCUGUUGAAAACGUCAACUCAGAGCUACCAAAACUUCACUGUGAGGGAGAGAUGUUGAAGGGAAGAUUGCAGAGGAGGACAAAGCUCAGAGAAUAAGACAGAAGAUGAAAGUAAAGACCUUUUCACUGAUUAUGGAGGAAUGGAAGCCAUGUUUCAAAUAAGAGCCAUCGUUUUUGAAGACUGAGUAGUGCAAAAAUACAUUUAUAAAUGGUUUACUGUCAUGCCUACUCACUGUGCUACCAAUAUAGUGAUUUAAAAAAGCAAAAACAAACAAACCCCAGACAUACUUUCACAUAGACGGACGGAUAGACAGGCAAACAGACAGACAAACUUAAAACAGUCAGAAUGAAAUAAUGUGUGUAUUGAAAUACUGUAAAAAAUCAUUAUAUUUAUCAAUAAACUUU